AUAGUCAGAUAGUGUGAGAAGUGUGCGGGUCGGAAACAGCAGUUUUUUUCUUCAUUUUUCCUGGUUGGUUUGGGAAACUCGGACGCAUAAUUUUGGAUACAAACGCAUCUCAUCAAACCAUGUCUACCCAGACGAAAACGGGUGGUGAAAAGUCCCUCCUAGGCGUCACCAAAAAGUCGCAUGGAAGGUCGUACGGAAGCACCAAAAAAUCAACCCAAGAUAUUUAUAUCAAACACAUCGUCACACCAAGUGACACUCUAGCGGGUAUUGCUCUGAAAUACUCCGUGACAGUGGAGCAAAUUAAGAGAGCCAAUAAACUAUACACCAACGACAGCAUCUUCCUGCGUUCAACGCUCAGCAUUCCUGUUGGAGAUCAACCUCUUCCAGCCCACGUUCUUGAGAAUGCAACGUCACGGGCCAAUGGAAGUCCAAUCCAUAAAGUGGCAGCUGACACGGUGCUGUUUGACAGUUCAGACGAGGAGGAAGAGUGCGAUGAGAAGAGGGACGAUUCAGUCGUCGUGGAGGAGACCAGAGACGUCCAGAUGGACUUCUUCAAUCGCAUUGACAGGCAAGUCCGAGAGGGGAAAACCCACUUGGACAAAAUCGAAACAACAAGCAGUGUACCCGAAAUCGAAGCCAUCUCGCCAAACAUCCAGAGUAGUCCCAACAAGCCAUCACCCACAAGGAUAUCAUCCACUGCAGGCGCGUACAAAGACAACAGCUACCAGAACAGCAUGGUGUCCGUCAACGCGGACAGCGGCAAGAGGAGGGGGAACGAAUUCAGUGAGAUUUCGCGGGGCGGAGCGAGUAAAGGAAAAGAAGGCAAAGUUGAACUGGUAUCAUGUGAUGAAAAGGAGAUACUAGCCGAUGGGUUGCCUAGCAACAGGAGGCGGGAAGAGCCUAGUGUUAGAUUGGUUUAAAAGCAUGCGGGGAACUAAACCUGGUAAUUGGAUUUAUUUCUCAGACUUUGAGCUGAAGAUAAUCUCCAAGCCGAGGUGAUUGCAGCCACAGCGCCCUCUGUUGACCAGCCUGCGAGAAGUCACCCCAGUCCCUCAGAGGUGAUUUGAAUGAGGGAGGUUCUAUCUCCUCUAGUAAUGCAAACAUUUUUUUUCCCUCAACUCAAAAACAAAAACUCAUGGCACUAUGUGAUCUCACGUGAGAGAAGGGAUGGUUGAAACGUGCCUAUCAUGAAAUGAUCUUAUGGGGUUGUACGUCUGUGCAUGCUCAGUAUAUUAGUAAGUCCUACCUUGACCAACCCGAUCUGCCUUCGAGCCUUUCCUUAUUCUCUGUACAAGUGUAUAAAUUCCAGAAAUGACUGUAUCAUUAAAAAGGCUUACGCCAGUUUUGUCUGUACACGCUGUACAUUCAUGUAACACACCUGCCAUCCUUGCCUUACUCCUUCCUGUGGUCAGACUUUACCACACAGUAGAUUGGGUGCGUUCCAUUAGCUGACACGUGUAAGUCAAACUUACACGAGAGCAUUCAUUUUGGCAUCACAUGAUCUUCGUGCCUGCCCUGGUGUCAGCCACCACUACCCUGGCUGGUGAGCAGGUCUGUGGAGGCUGCACGAGUGUAAUGACGUGACGGAUGGACUGUUUGAGCACGGACGUCAUGGAACGUGGCGGGGACUUGAUCUUUUUCCCAGAAUGCCUCGGCAAAUCAACUGCAGCGUUCAAUUAGCGUCAUUUCAAGGCUUCCCUUGCGUGUAACACUGGUGUAUUCAUGGAAGCUAAUCAAAUGCACGCAUUAAAAGGUAUUUAAAUGAGCCUUCGGUUCAUUCAAAUAUGAAUCUAUUGUGUGGUAAUGCCUGACCUCAGGAAGGAGUAUGGCUUGUUGGCAGGUCUGAUGUAAGGAUUCAGCAUAGUCAAUAGUCCUGUGUCUGCAUGCUAUUUGGUUGUACAAACUUUAGGAACUGUUUCAUCAACAGGCAUACUGUAUAUCUUUGAUAAUCGUAACCUCUUUUCUGCAAUGUGUAUAUUGUGCAUGUUUCUUGAGUAUAGUCUGGUUCCCUGAUCAAGUGAAUCUGAUUGUUCAUGGGGCAUUUGUAGUUUCCUUGCCUUCCAGAAAUUGCCCGUAAUUUUGAAGUACUUGCUCAAAUUGACGGGCUGACCACAAUGUUGGCCGUGGUCAGGUGUUUCCAAGCAGCCAAGUGGUAAAAUCAGCGAGUUUUAGGGAUGUGGUAACCACUCAACAACAUUAUUGAUAUGGAAACCUGAUAAGUUUUUAAUGAGUUAAAGCUCGUACUUGAAAAGAAAAAAAUCACUGUUAGAUGUAAUGAAUAGUCAGGGUUUCUAAGCUUACCCUCUGCUUUACAUGUAUGAACCAAAUCAUGUUUUAGACGGGUGGCUUCUAGUUGUUGGGUGUGUUGGGGGAGGGUCAUUUCACAGAACCAGACUAAUUGUCUGAUGGCUACCUGCAGAAGGGAAUACGUGUACUUAAGCCAGCUUUUGCAAAUCCAGUUGUGUUUGAAACUUGCCUGAGUGCUUGUCUGCCAGCCACAAGGCUAUGAAGUGUUGAAAUACUGAUUUUGUCCAAUUUAGGCAGAAAAAUCUUUAAAGUGAGUUUGGUUCCUGUUUCUGUUAGGGUUGUGGUAUUCACAUUUCACAACAGUGUAGUCAUCUAGUAAAUCAUAGUUUUAUGAAACAGAUUUAUUUACUCAGUGUUAUGUGUUAAACUUGGAUUGAGCCAUGCAGCCAAAACUUGCCUUACAUAGGAAACCGAAACAUACCUGUACCUUGUAAAUUACCCAGAUGAAAAGGGGUACUUUGUUUCAUUCAUAAGUCAUCUCAACGUCAAACAGUGUGUAUGUGCAAUGAGGCAGUGUAUCAUUUUACUGCUAUUUUGUAUAAAAGGAGUUGAAAGAAAAGAAAUCCUAUCAGGUAACUUGAAUAGGGAGUAACUUUGAAUCACUUUCAAAGCAAUGUCAGAGACUUCUUUUGUUCCUCUUUGUUUCUUAAUAUGCUGGUAAAUGUACCGGGAACUUAUGUUAAAUGUGUAAGCAACGUUGGCCAUUCUUUAAAAAGACCUGACUGUGAGGGUUUGAGAAUGACGUCAACCACUGUGCCCUGGGAGACUGCAAUUUAAUUUAAGGAGUGGAGAUUUUAUUUCCCCGGAAACCCUAUCAGGAACGGCUAUAAUGCCUGAUCCUUACCCGGGCUUUCCACUCGUAUUGUUAAAACCAGAUUUAAUUACGAACCGUUUGCGCACAAAACCAUGAAGAGAGUAAAGACCAGUGUCCCUGGAAGUAAAUGUGAGCCAUAAUUUCGAUUCAGGGAGGAUGUGAGUUCAAUUUAAUUAAGGAUUUACCAAAGGAAACUACAGAAAUCCAGCAACUUUUAAGUGCUCUUUUUUUGCUGCGGUCAAAGUUACCACUGUGUUCAGUUAGAGAAAUCAGACCGUGAAACGCAGUUUUUAGGAGAUGUGUGCCACUCGGACAGAGCUAAAAGGUGGGUUGAUGGUUUUGUGGAAUGGUCUAAUUUACGACAGUAUUAAUUUUUUUUUGAAACGGGUGUUAGAGAGUGUCAGCUCUCCAGAGUUUGGUUGCGUAAAUGCAGACUAAUAAAAUACUGGUGGCCUAUUUUAAAAGGACCGAUUUUGAUUUCACAUUGGCAGAAUUGAUGUGAAUGUUUCAGUGACCGUCAACAGUUUAAAGCAGGACUUUAGUUGAGCUGUUAGAGGUAUUAGUUUCUUGUUGGGCCUGCCAUUUUUUUCAUGAACAAGCCUUAGUGGCUACAAAAUAUUCAUCUCCGAUGUACUUGCAGUAAAGAGUGGUUCAUUAUUCCCCGCCCCCGGGCUUUUCAUUAUAGUGGGGUUUUGUAUUUUACUUUGUUUUCGUUUACACUCGCCUGUUAAGUUGUGCCUCCACAAAUGUUUAACUUUCCAGUAGAGUCGGCAGUUCCGCACGACGAAUCUCGAAAUACGAAGAGAUGUGGGCAGAUACAGUCACGCAGGGCUUCGUGUAUUGUGGAAGUAAUCGAAUAAAGCAGGGCCGCAGUAAUUUCUUGCUUUUGGAAAUAGGCCCGUCGCCAAAAAAAAAUCAUCAAUUCAUUUCUUUCAGGGGGAACUUCUAGUUCUGUUCUGUGCCAACAAAAAUGCCAUUUUGAGUUGGAAACACCAUUGGCAUGUAUGACCCUCUUGAAUCCGCGACCGUUUGGUAACUGGGAAACAUAUUGAACUUGGCCCAGGGCUCUAUGUGGAGCCACUCGUCCUGUCCUGGUCCCAUGUGCAUUUUAGAUUUCAAGUCGUUUUAUUCGACGAGGUGUGAAGCCGUCAAUCCAUAUUCUACGACUGUACUUUCGGGGUUUUUUGUUUCUCUUGCCGCCUUUUUAAAAUAGACCCAAAUCCCUUAAAUCUGAACAUGUAGCGAACGGAAACUUUAAACGAACUCACCUUUUGGGGUAGAGGUGGCCAUACUUGUUCCCAUACAGUGACCUCUGUUUUCACCCCCCCCCCCGGGCAUUAUAUCCAGUAUAUAUCGUCGCCGUGCACUUUCGCUGUGUCGAGCCAUCAGGAGUUUUGCAUUAAUGUCUUGUGUCAUUUUAACACCAACUUUGUGACAAUCUGAGUCAGUUACGGAUCUUCUGGCUCACUGCAGAUCCGUUUUCUGACAAUUACGUCAUAUUGCCUCAAAGGGAGACCAAAUAGGGUGCUUUCAUAUGUUUAAUAGAUAUUUAUUGGGGUCGGCGACAAAGCCAAAGUCUCCACGGGCCCCCAAAUUAAUAUCUUAUCAAGUUACCUGAAUAUUCACUCAAGACAUGUCACAGAUCUUCACAAAAGGACAUGAUUUCCAUUUCAUCGCAUCAUCACUGGUUGAAGGUGGAACUGCAUUUCAAUUGAUGUGAAUCACAAUUUCAGUAGCGCAUGGUAUAGGACUCACAAAAUGAGAAUGUGUAUACUGCUACGCGAGUUCAUACAUGUAGGUCAACGCUCAGUUAAUCGUAGUGCAUGUACUAGUCAUCAACUCAAGCAAUAUGAUUUUACAUACAAUGUAGUUGAAUACAUCGUUAUAAAAAGGCUGUGACUUACACAUACAUGUACAUGUAAUCAUAUUUCUUAUAGUGUGUAAACCUGAUGGUAUAUAUUUUUCGUUAAUUUACAAUAGAACCAGACCCUUGUCAUAUUGCCCAUUUUUUGGAUAGUCGAGGUUCACUUCGUUCCCAAGUGUCAAACAAUUUGUGAUAUGAACGUGUGUGCAUCGUGUGUAAUUUUUGUGUAUAAAUUUUAGUAAUAUAAUACGUGUAUAUGACUCCUAGAAAUAAAAACAAGUGACCCUUUUAUAGAUA